AUAUUUCAACGUGCGCCAUUUUCUGCUCCUUAGAUCGAGUGGACGAGAACGUUGUGGAUGCCAUAGAUUUUGUUAUUUUUCCUUCACACUUACAGACGUCGGAAGUCUACUUUAAUUUGAUACAACCUGCAUUUGAAACCACUGAGCACAUUUGGAAAUGGCUACGGGAGCAAAUGCAACCCCUCUAGGGAAGCUGCACCCGAGUAUUGGCGCUAAAAGAGGAUUUGAAGCCGGGCCCGGUGCGGGGUUAAUGCCUCCACCGGGGCCGCCUGUGUCCUUUCCCUCAAUCGCAAAUUUUCAGCCCCCAAUGCCAAACGUCUCAUUUCCACAAGCUCACCCAGUUUUCAAUGCAGUGGCCUCAUUUUCCACAUCGCCACAACCACCCCAAGGAGUAGGAAUGCAGUCUCAGUCAGACUUCGGCCAGAAAAAGUCCAGGAAAAGGAGCCGCUGGAGUAGCGAGACCCCUGACCAGAAGACCAUCAUUCCUGGUAUGCCCACGGUCAUCCCGCCUGGACUGACUCGGGAUCAGGAGAGGGCAUAUAUAGUCCAACUGCAGAUCGAAGACCUGACUCGUAAACUGCGUACAGGAGACCUGGGAAUCCCUGUUAACCCUGAGGACAGGUCACCGUCUCCAGAGCCCAUCUACAACAGCGAGGGGAAGAGGUUGAACACCAGGGAGUACCGCACACGCAAGAAGAUCGAGGAGGAGCGUCACUCCCUCAUCACGGAGAUGGUGGGACUUAACCCGGAGUUCAAGCCCCCUGCCGACUACAAACCACCAGCCACUCGGGUCAACGACAAAGUGAUGAUUCCACAGGACGAGUAUCCGGAGAUUAACUUUGUGGGCCUGCUGAUUGGGCCACGUGGCAAUACCCUGAAGAACAUAGAGAAGGAGUGCUGUGCUAAGAUCAUGAUCCGCGGCAAGGGCUCGGUGAAGGAGGGAAAAGUGGGCCGUAAAGACGGCCAGAUGUUGCCAGGAGAGGACGAGCCGCUGCACGCCCUGGUCACCGCCAACACCAUGGAGAACGUCAAGAAGGCCGUUGAACAGAUCCGUAACAUCCUGAAGCAGGGCAUCGAGACCCCCGAAGACCAGAACGACCUGAGGAAGAUGCAGCUCCGAGAGCUGGCCAGGCUCAACGGGACCCUGAGGGAGGACGACAACCGGAUUCUGCGUCCGUGGCAGAGCACCGAGCCCCGCAGCGUCACCAACACCACCCUGUGUACAAAGUGUGGUGGAGCUGGACACAUCUCCUCCGACUGCAAGUUUACCAGCUCCUUUGCGGCACCCCGAGCCGGCGAGCCCCCCCAGUCUGCCCAGGACAAGGCCCGCAUGGACAAGGAGUACCUGUCUCUCAUGGCGGAGCUGGGCGAGGCCCCGGUGCCCUCCCCUGGCGGUGGUGGCGGACACUCCAACAACCAGAACAACAGCCACAACCGAGGCAGCAACAACAGCAGCAGCAACCAGCCACCGCCGCAGAGCCGCCCCCCCUGGAUGAACUCCGGCCAGUCGGAGAACCGGAGCUACCACGGCAUGCACGGCGGUCACGGCAACCAGGGCGGUCACGGCAACCACGGGGGCCACCACAGCUUCCCGCCCCCCAUGCCCAACAUGGGCGGCCAUCCGAUGCCCCCUAACAACGGGAUGCCGCCCCCGUGGAUGCAGCCGCCACCCCCCAUGGGCCAGGGUCACGGGCACCAUAUGGGUCUGCUGCCCCCCCCCAUGGGCAUGAUGCCGCCGCCGCCCCCGCCCCCUAACAACCAGCCGCCGCCGCCCCCCUCCGGCCCCCUGCCUCCAUGGCAACAGCAGGCCCCUCCGCCCCCUCCCACCAGUAGCAUGGCCUCUAGUGCACCGCUGCCAUGGCAACAGAAUACCACCACCACGUCCAGCCCUGGCACUGGUAACCUGCCCCCCUGGCAGCAGCCCCAGCAGUCCGCCUCCUCGGCCGCCCAGCCCCCUCCGCCCAUGGGCAACCCAUCUAUGGUUCCUCCUCCACCCGGGGUCCAACCGCCUCUGCCCCCGGGCGCUCCACCCCCCCCUCCUCCCCCGCCCCCCGGCUCGGCUGGCAUGAUGUACGCCCCGCCGCCGCCCCCUCCGCCCAUGGACCCCUCCAACUUUGUCACCAUGAUGGGAAUGGGGGUGCCCGGCAUGCCCCCGUACGGCAUGCCCCCGGCGCCGCCGCCUCCCCCUCCGCAGAAUUAGCUGCGCCUGUGUCCACCGGUCUCCACCACAGAGCGCUCCCGGAUGUUCCCCAGCACCAAGGAUUCAGAGCACAAUGUUCACUACCAGCUGCCCGAGGGACUGAGAUGCCGCUCUACCCAGAGCGUGUCGUCUUUAGUUCAGUGAAAUUGACCGGACUCAUACUUUACUCUUCACAGCUGCAGUGCAGAGAAACUCCUCAAAAUGGAAAAGGUGGUUUGGUUGAAUUUGUAAAUUUGCUUAACUUAAUUUUUCAGUUUUUUUGUUUUUUUUAAUUACCCCCCCCCCCCCUUUUUA